ACCGUCCUCGCCCAAGGUGGCCUUCCAGUUCCCGGAGGGGAUCAGGUACCCCGGCCAGGGCCAGUCGCCCCCCACCCAGAGCAGAGUUACCACCGCCAAGCAGAAUGGAGUGACCGGCACCUUCACAAGGCUUCUUCCGGCGCAGCAUCCAGCAGAACAUCAGCUACAAGAUGUGCGUGAAGAACGAGAACUGCAUGAUAAUGCGCAUGAACCGCAACCGCUGCCAGCACUGUCGCUUCAAGAAGUGCCUGGCCGUCGGCAUGUCCCGCGAUGCUGUGCGCUUUGGGCGCAUUCCCAAGCGGGAGAAGCAGCGUCUGCUGGAUGAGAUGCAAAGCUACAUGAACAGCCUCGGCGAGGCCCCCAUGGAGGUGGGGCUGGGGCCCGAGGGGGAGGCGCCCCCGAGUCCUGAUGCCCAGGAGGAGGAGGCCAUCGGUGCCAUCUCCCGGGCCUACCAUGACAUCUUCGUCAGCGGGCAGGACCGGCUCGGCAGGCGGGCCGAGCCCUGCUCCUCGCUCAGCUACACUGACCAGCAGCUCAGCAACGGCUAUGCCUGCGGGCCGUACGAGUCGGCCAACCUGCGCCUCCCCAGCUACAGCUCCUGCCCCCAUGAGGUCCCCGCCUACGUGGACAACGGGCCCCGCCCCUUCGGCAAUGACAUCUACCAGGCCCAGCAGAGCAGCUACCUGGCCAACGCCAGGCACUACCCCCUCUUCGACUACGGCUACUCCGAGGGCAGCCCCCAGACGGCCUGUCCCUGGCGCUCGGCCACCAGCAGAGGCAUUGCCUGCCCGCUGAACGCCAGCCCAUACUACAGCAGCGGCAGGAGCAGCCAGCAGGGGGGGGAGGAGGUCUCCAUGUGCUUAAGCUUCACGCCCGCCGUCAAGGAGGUGGUGGAGUUCGCCAAGAGCAUCCCGGGCUUCCAGUCGCUCUGCCAGCAGGACCAGGUCAUGCUCCUCAAGGCAGGCACCUUCCAGGUGCUGAUGGUGCGGUUCUCCUCCCUCUUCAACCCCAAGGAGAAGGUGGUGACGUUCCUGAGCGGCGAGACCUACUCGCUCUGCAGCCUGCGCACCAUGGGCAUGGGCUGCCUGCUGGACGCCAUGUUCGAGUUCAGCGAGAAGCUCAGCUCCUUGGGGCUGGAUGCCCAGGAAAUGGCGCUCUUCAUGGCCGUCGUCCUGGUCUCAGCAGAUCGCUCCGGCAUCUCAGACGUGGAUGCCGUGGAAAUCCUUCAGGAGACCCUCAUCCGGGCCCUGCGGACUCUGGUGACAAAGAAGCACCCUGAUGACUCCACUCUCUUCCCCAAACUCCUCCUGCGCCUUCCUGAUUUGCGAACCCUCAACAACCAGCACUCGGAGAAGCUCCUGGCCUUCCGGAUUGAUCCUUAAACCCACCGGAGAUGCCCACCCUCUGAGCCUAGGGGGAAAAGGAUCAAGAACAAUCGCCAGACCCAGCACCUCGGGCUGUGUUUCUUUUGAAGAUGAGGAAAGAGGGCUCUGGUGCUGACGGGCAGCACGUGGCCUGUCGGAGCUGGGCUCUGCCAGCACACCCCCCCAGUCUGGGGUGAUUGGGUUGAGGAGGAGAGAGCACACCUCCCACACGGCGCUCUCUGCCGCACAGCCAGGCCCGGAGACCGUAGCAAACAUGCAUCCGAACCGACCGCACUGACACAGUGUAGUUACGUGUACGUGUAGAGAACGCUCUGUGUCGUUCUGAGGGUCUAGUCUGUAUAUAAGGAGCCUGGACAUGUACAUACAGCGCAUAGGUAGCUCUCGGGGAACGGCUCACCCCACUUGUGUUUGAGUUGAGGACCUAGUUCCUUCUUAGGGUGCAUGCUCAUUUAUCCCAUUCCCCUCUGUUGCCACCCUCCCUCCACACCACCAGCCCUCUCCUAUGGAGAAAACAUCCCAGGUGGCUUGUGGAGCUUUGCUCUGUGAACAGCAUAGGAUAGACUGGACCAGGAAAUUAUCUGCAGAAGCACUUGUCUGGCCCAUUUCCACCUGCUGGGGAGGGGCAGGGGCACGUCUCUCCCCACCUCCGCCCUUUGCUGUGUGGUUUGUCUUGUCUGGUGUUUUUAUAAAAUGUCUCACGCCAUCAGGGCUUCCAGGGAGCUUUUGGCAAAGGCUGACUAGUGAUGGCUCAGCUAGGGGACAGUCUCUCAGAGGGGAGAGGCUGAAGGAGGCAGAUCUCGAGUGCAAGCAGGGGAUCUAGACUGUCAUAGGAGAAAGGUUUUAAUUGACACCUUCCUUCCUCC